GCGUGCAGCAGGUCAGACGGCGGCGACUUCUCGCUCUGAGGUAAAGCUCGCAGACACUAUGAGCCACCUGCGCGCCGUGGCUGCUCCCAGCGAGUGGGGCGAAGGUGGCAGGGAUUUGGGCUCCCAGCAGCAGCCAUUGGAAGACAGUCUUCUGCUGGGACAGGAGGCGACUGCGGCAAGUCGCGGCUUCUCCUCAGCCUGGCUCGGCAUCUGCUGCCCAGGCCGAGUCACCUCGUCGCCCAGGUACCUGCUCUCAGGAGCAGCUGAGGGGGACGAUGAGGAAGAAGACGAGGAGGAGGACGACGAGGACGACGAGGAGCUCUUGGAGGCAGGCGCAGCCGAGCACUUGGGCGGCGGUAGCAGGAGCCGGAGCGGCGGGCCGGGGAAGCUGUGCGCGCUGCAGGAGCACCACCGACGCCACCAUCACCACCACCAGGCAGGCGGCACCCCUGGAGAUGCGCAGGCGCCACGGUCCCGCGCGCCUUGCCCCGGCGGCGUCGGCGGCGGGGGUCUGCUGCGCCAGGGCGGCCCUCAGGUGAGCGGCGUGCAGAAGCAGAGGCGCCUGGCGGCCAACGCCCGCGAGCGGCGGCGGAUGCACGGGCUGAACCACGCCUUCGACCAGCUGCGCAAUGUCAUCCCCUCCUUCAACAACGACAAGAAACUCUCCAAGUACGAGACGCUGCAGAUGGCACAGAUCUACAUCAGCGCGCUGGCGGAGCUGCUGCACAGUCCACCUCCCGCCGACGGCGCCCCCGCUAGCCAGACUUACGAGCGCGCGCCCUGCACCCCGCCUGUAGGGGGCGCUCUGCAGCAACAGCCAAGGUCCCAGGCCUCGGGACACUGCCGGACGCGUUUUCCCCAAGAGCAGCCUGCAGGGGGCGGGGCAGGAGGAGGAGGCUUCUCUGUGCAACUGGACCCGCUGCAUUUCCCCUCGUUCACGGAGUUGGGGCAGAAAGCCCCCUCACCGGCGCAGCUCCUGCCGCCGUCGGGCCAGCCCCAGCAGGAGCGGAGGAAACCCUCGCCGCCGGCCCAUCGUAGCGAUGGGGAGUUCUCGCCCCGAUCCCAUUACAGUGACUCUGACGAGGCCAGCUAGGCGCGCGGCAGUCGGGCAGGGAGGGAUGGGUGACAUCGGCGGCUGCCAGUCAAGCCGACCCUGAAGCUGACCGGGGAUGCGGGGGGAGGACUGCUUGUCAGACGGCUUGUGAAAGACGUUGCUGGAGUGAACAGGGCAGGAUCCUGGGCAAGUGGGGCAAACAGACGCGUGUAGCAGGCUCUGACGGACUCACCUCGCCAGCCUUAGAAAGCUUUGGAAACCUGCGAGGGGAACUCUCCUUAACUUCUCUUUCUAGAAGUAGCCAUUUACCCUGCGCAGGUCUAGAACGGUAGGGAAAGCUUUUGAACCAUGAUUUCUCUCGAACUCUAUUCGUAAAGCAU